CAUUUUCUUCAUUGACCAAGCGACGUUAUUUUCAAUGCGAAACAUCUCGAAAAGUCACGGAUAUCGAGUCAUUUUAUGUGAAUUCAAACUUAAUAACUUUUUGACAUCGAAGAAAAAUAGUUGCCUGAAUCGGUGCUUACAAUUAUUGCCGUUCCACUCAAUUUACCAAAAAAUAAACGCCCUCGACCCUGGGAUAUGACUUUUUUCUGGAAAUACAGAAUUCGUGUGUUUCUCAAAUUGAAACAGACCCUCCCUCGAGAGUCUUUGUCGAAGGCGCAAAAAAAUAAACAGUGACCUCGAACCAUUCCGGAAUGGAAAUGUCGAGUAACAUCCCUCUCGAGCCUCAGUCGCUGGCUUAUGAAAUAUUAUUUCUCACUCCGCGUCACGUGUUCUUGCGGCGAUAAUCAUGAGAGCUUCUAUUUCACAAUGCAUAAUAACAGCAAUUUUGUUCUUGAAAUAGAUUAAUUAGCGAGGAUACGUUAGUUGUCGUCAAGACGAGUCGAUGAUUCGCGUUCUUCGACUCAUCAAUUCCACUGGAAUGAAUUUCGAGAUUUAUUGUUGGGCAGAAAAUUGGCGAAUGCUGGGUGGCGUAUCUUGCAGUAGCAUCGGUGUCGCCCUCUUCGUAUUAUUGGUUGCGAUUUGUGCUGUCAGCGAAGGAGCGAGGUACCGAGCCAAAUUCCUCGUGUUUAUUGUCCUGUCGGCCAUAGCCGCAACGUGGAGCAUACCGCUGAUGCUCCGCAGGCCAAGGGAUUGGAGGAACGCACUAAUACCAGCAUGGGGCGCCAGACAAAUAGCGAAACUUCUCGGUGUCAACUUCAAGGUUCGUGGGCAGGAAAAUGUCGUCAAGGACACAGGAGCUGUCGUACUGAUAAACCAUCAGAGCGCCAUCGACUUGUGUGUUCUAGCCGAACUUUGGCCAGUACUCGAACGUUGUACAGUCGUUUCCAAGAGGCUAGUUCUCUACUUCGGUACGUUCGGUUUGGCUUGCUGGCUUUGGGGCACGAUAUUCAUCGACAGGAGUAACGUAACCGAAGCACAGGAAACAAUAAACUCGACUGCUGACACGAUCAAUCGUAGGAAGGCAAAAUUGCUGCUCUUCCCAGAAGGCAAACGAUAUAAUGGAACGUCGUUGAUGCCCUUCAAAAAAGGUGCUUUCCACGUUGCUGUCAGAGCACAAACGCCGAUUCAGCCAGUCGUUGUUUCCAAAUAUUAUUUUCUUAAUGAUGAGAAAAAGAAAUUCGAACCAGGCACGAGUUACAUAACGAUUUUGCCUCCGAUCCCGACGAAAGGACUGACAAAAGAAGACAUUCCAACUCUGAUGGAUAAAACUUGGGAGGUGAUGAACUCGACGUUUCAAGAAACUUCGAGGGAGAUUCUUGUCGAUGAAAAAGUUAAAUCCUUAAGCUCGUGAAGAUGUUGAGGAAAGAAAAAGAACGAAAAAUUCUUGACGCUCGUGUCACAUCGCUAUUAAUAAAACGUAAUAUUUAUCAAAUAGUUUAAAUUGAGUAAAAAUAGGAAUAAGCAUGAAAUUAUACACAUGGAGGAUCGAAAUUUGUGCUGUACAUUUGAGGAACGACCGACUGUGAAGAUUUGCUAAAAUUUCAUAGGUGCUCAAACAGAAUAUUGUUUUUAUCUAUAUUUAUAUAUAAUAAAAGUCGCGACAGUGACUCGAGAAAAAUAUAUUUCAAAAAGGGCAACAAAUUAUAGAUUUUCCUGAACGGUCCUUUAAGGGCGGGGUAACGUAAAUUCGGUGAAAAAAAUGUUGACAAUUUUUUUAUACGCUACAGAUAAUACAAAUCUAUUUUAUUGAUUGUGUCACAAUACAGUAUAUGAACAAGAUUCCCUGAAUUUUUAAUACUCGAAUAUCAAUAAUUGACUCAUCAAUGGUAGCAGAGGCACGAGUUAAUUAUUGAUGUUCGGGUUUGUAAAAAAAAGUCUUAAAAUUGGGUCUUUUUUCCACCGAAUAGACGUCACCAUUAAUAGCCAUUAAUAGUAUACGUUCACAUUUCCUCACGUUAUGUCUAAGGAUAUUUUUAUAAAAAUUUUCUACCGCCGUUGAACGAAAACCAUACUCAUAAUGAAAUUUUAGUAUUUAUUCGUUACAAGUGUUAAUAUUCUUAUUAAUUUUUAUUUUGAAAAAAAUCAUGUCAUGUUCAUGAAAAAUGAAACGAAAAUUCGAAUAAAAAUGUAAGACAAAAUUUGA